UCGCGGACGCCUCGCACACAAGCGACUGGGAUCGCGGCGCACAGAGGCUGGGAUCAGCACCAGCACAUGGCUCUGUCUGCUAAUGGUGUGGACCAGGACCUGGCCAGCAAGAGGCUGCACUCCAGGAUGGAGGCAUCGUGCCUGGAGCUGGCACUGGAGGGCGAGCGGCUCUGCAAGGCCCGCGACUUCAAGGGCGGGGCCGCUUUCUUCGAGGCCGCCGUAGAGGUCGGCACGGAGGACCUCAAGACCCUCAGCGCCAUCUACAGCCAGCUGGGCAACGCCUACUUCUACCUGAAGGAGUACGCCAAGGCCCUGGAGUACCACCGGCACGACCUCACCCUCGCCAGGACGAUAGGGGACAGGAUCGGGGAGGGAAAGGCCAGCGGGAAUUUGGGGAACACGCUGAAGGUCCUGAGGCGGUUUGAUGAGGCGGUGGUUUGCUGCCAAAGGCACUUGGACAUCUCCCAUGAACAAGGAGACAAGGUGGGAGAGGCGAGGGCUCUGUACAACAUCGGUAAUGUGUUCCACGCCAAGGGCAAGCAGCAGGCCUGGGGCAGCAGCCAGGACCCAGGAGACCUCCCGCAUGACGUCAUCGACACCCUGCAGAGAGCCACCGAGUUCUACGAGAUGAAUCUGUCCCUCGUGAAGGAGCUGGGAGACCGAGCAGCUCAGGGCCGAGCCUUUGGAAACCUGGGGAACACCCACUACCUGCUGGGAAACUUUGUGGAGGCCAUCAAGUUCCACAGGGAGCGGCUCUCCAUUGCCAAGGAGUUUGGUGACAAGGCAGCAGAGCGUCGUGCCUACAGUAACCUAGGCAACGCUCUCAUUUUCCUGGGACAGUUCAACGCCGCCACCGAGUAUUACAGGAAAACGCUGCAGCUCUCUCGCCAGCUGAAGGACAGGGUGAUGGAGGCUCAGGCCUGCUACAGCCUGGGAAACACCUACACCCUCCUGCAGGCCUACGACCGCGCCAUCGACUACCACCUCAAACACCUCCUCAUCGCCCAGGAGCUGACCGACAGGGUCGGAGAGGGUCGUGCUUGCUGGAGCUUAGGAAAUGCCUACGUUUCCCUGGGCAACCACCGGCAGGCGCUGCACUACGCCCGGAAACAUCUGGACAUCUCUGAAGAGAUCGGGGACCGUAACGGAGAGCUGACGGCUCGAAUGAACGUGGAGCAGCUGAUGGAGGCUCUGGGCGUCAGCGAAGGCCAGCUCUCGCCCUGCGGAAAAGAGGUCCUGGCUCAAGGUGCCAGACCAAAGUUGAGCUCCAGAGAUAGCAUGGACAGUGUGGACCUGUGGAAGUACUCAUCUGAAAAGGAACAGAACGGCGAUUGUAAUCAUCUGGACGACUCCUCCCGAGGGGGGCGGGGCAACAGCUCCAGGCCAGCCAAUAAGACGGGCCAGCCCUUGGGGCGGCCGGGUGAUGACAGGAUGUCUCUGCUGGACGCUGAUGACAUCAGACUGCAGGUGGCCACACCGAAGCUGGCCAGGGACCCCUCUGAUGAGGACUGCUUCUUCGACCUCCUCAGCAAAUUCCAGAGCAGCCGCAUGGACGACCAGCGCUGCCAUCUCGACGAGCCGCAGGAUGAGGGCAGGGCCGAGGGAGGGGCCUCCUCCAGCCCUGACUCACCGCUGGGGGACCUCAUUGACUCCUGCUCCCUGAUCUCCUCGCCACAGACGGAGGAGCUGUUUGACCUCAUCGCCAGCUCCCAAAGUCGCCGGCUAGACGACCAGCGGGCCAACGUGGGCAACCUUCCGGGCCUCAGGAUUACCCAGAACAACCUGGGCCACCUGCGCGGAGACGCAGACCCCCAGGAGCCCGGCGACGACUUCUUCAACAUGCUCAUCAAGUGCCAGUCCUCCAGGAUAGACGACCAGCGCUGCUCCCCUCCGGAUGUGGGCCCGCGGGCCCCCACGGUUCCGGACGAGGACUUUUUCAGUUUGAUCCAGAGAGUGCAGGCCAAGCGCAUGGACGAGCAGCGGGUACACCUGCCCUCGGACCAGCAGGACGAGCCCGACUCCGACCCGCCGUCGCCCCCUUCUGGAGACUCCAGCUAGAGCCGCGCCCAUACCCGACCCACACCCAGCAUUGACUGAACUCCCCCCCCCCCACCUCCCUCCUACCUCGCCCACCGAAUCCAAUCCUUUUAUUUCUCAUCUCCCCGCGGGUGGAGGAGAGGAACACAAACAUGUUCCGUAAAUGUAUUUUCAGGGGGGGGGGGGAAUGGUCGCUCCAGAUCAGGUUUCAGAUCCUUGGGAUUCGAGGACAACCUCCCUCAAUCCCGUUCAUCACCCCCCGUCCCUCGUCCACCCCCGUCCCCCGUCCCCCAGAAUGGCCCUUUUCGGACAGGGACUCAUCCGAAAACCUAUCGCAGCUGUAGAAUCGAGGGAGCAAGGGAACUGUGAGAGGGCAAUAGAAGGACAAUAUUGACAGCGUAGACGUGAAGGAGAUCAGAUCUGUGUCUCGGAGACAGCGGUAGAAAGUCCAGGGCUCAGAAAACAAAAGCCGUGCCGUGUGUUCCUUCCACCCAUGAACUGAUUUUACUCUUUAGCUCUACCUCCCGGCUGAAGAAUUAUGCUAAUUAGCUAAUUCCAGGCAACUGAAACAAAGUGCUGGGGAAAAAGCUUUUACUUUCUGAACCUGGAUUUCUCCACCUCUGGGGUAUAGCGAAGGUGCAUGAAUAAAGUUGGUGUUUGUGGGGAAACAGUAUUUCUGUGGGCAGUUAAAGAGCAUGUACAGUAUAUCAGUGUUAAUUUAAGCAGUAGCUCUUCUGUCAUGUUUUUUUUUGUCUCUGGAUUUGCUCAUUUAAACAGGGAAAGAAUUAAAUCCACGGGGUGCAGUGCAUUGUGGGAACACGGAAAAGGAAAAGUGAUUCGCGGCUGAAGCAGCGAUGCUUGCUCGUUAUUAUUUAUCUGUGGCAUGUUUUGGGCGUGGCUUUAUUUCGCCUAGUUAUUUUCGCUCCCUCUCAAUCCGUUUAGUUUUAGAGGCAAAGAAAUCCCUGAGACGGCGGUGCUUUGGAAGAACGCACGACAUGGGCAGUAACGUAAUUUAUUUAACUAGUCGAGCAUAUAUAUACGUAGAAAAACAUUACUGUGAAAACAAGAGACGGUACGCAGAUUUCUAAGCUAUAGUAGGGAUGCCCAUCUUCCCCCAACCCCCCCCCUUAAAAUACAGACUGAGCCCUCUGAGUGUGGCCACACUCUCAGAAAAAAGGGUUCUUUCGCGUGUCUCCACAGAGGAACCAUUUUGAGUUCUUUAUGGAACCCUCUAUCAUAGGUGAGACGUGUGAAAGCUCCUGAAAGAACCCUUGACCGACUGUAGAUUAGGGGUUCCUCUCUGGCCUUGGACCUCACUCCUGGUCCGGGGGAGCCCAAGGGUUGGAAUCAAAGGGUUCUUUUUGGAAACCUUUUUUCUGAAGGUGCACAGUUUGCAGGCUUCAUGUGCAGCUGUUGUUUUUUGCACCUUGCAAAAGCAUGUCCUUAUAGCGACACUGAUACAUGUCACAUGCAGUCGCAGUGUACCUGGUGCAGCGGUAUAAUGGUGCUGAUUUCACACAAAUAUGGACACAAUAUGGAUUCUGUAGGCUGACCAGGUUAGCUCUGCAUUCUCAUAUCAGAAAAGCUCUGUGCUGAGGGAGAGAGGGAGGAAGAGAAAGAGAGAGAGACUGAACUAAGAACGAGAACAGGUUUUACACUCAGAAAGGGAAGUUUGUAUUCUUUAUUAAGACAAUGGGAGCGAGAUAGAUAUACUGGGAUUCAGAGCCGAAUCAAUUUUUCCAAAACAAGUCACUUUAGCAAAAUCCUCCUGAGAACUGGCAGAAAAAAAGUAUUGAUUUUUUGGCAUAAUACAAAUGUCGUAGAUGACAAAAAAAUGUUGAAUGCCGUGAAAAAAUACUUUCAUUAUUUAAUUUGAUUGAAUCCUGUGUAGUGGAGAUUUCAGCAUAGUAGAAUAUUUGGCUGUUGAGAUGAAGACUAGAGACUUAUGUCCCAUAAAGUGGACAAAAUUAAUCGCUGGGUUUUACGAGGAAAUUUGCUAGGAUAAGAAUUGUGUUGCAAUUACUCUACAAGAUAUGAAUUUCAUCUUAAGCUGCAA